AGACAGUACCGUGGGAGAAAAAAUUCCUCCUCGCUCUUUGGUUUCCCACCUCCUUCCUGUUUCACCUCAGUUACUUUUUUGAAGUUCGGACUCACUCAGCAAGAGUGUGCUGAAGGGUAACUGUUACACAGUGAAGAAGAAGAAUAGUCUUUUAGUUCAUAAAAUGCUUUUUGUUGCAGAAAUUCGGUACUUUCGUGAGGUUAUUUUCCUGAGUUAGACCGCGUCUCCUUGUCGGGGUUUGAACAUAAAUAUAUAUCACUUGUAGACUGAAGACCAUCACCAUGCCCGACCUGUCGAAGAUGAAGAAGCCCGACGUGAAGCUUGUUUUCCUGGGCGACAUGAACGUGGGGAAGACGUCGCUGCUCCACAGAUACAUGGAGAGGAAGUUCAAAGACACCAUUAGCACCGUCGGAGGGGCUUUUUUCCUCAAACAGUGGGGACCAUACAACAUAUCAAUCUGGGACACAGCUGGUCGGGAGCAGUUCCACGGUCUGGGCUCCAUGUACUGCCGAGGAGCAGCCGUCGUCAUCCUGACCUACGACGUCACUAACUGGCAGAGCCUCGCUGAGCUGGAGGAGCGCUUCCUGUCACUCACCGACACCGCCAACCAGGACUGCAUCUACGCCUUAGUGGGAAACAAGGCCGACCUGACUGACUCCAAAGCCCACCUUUGCCAGGACUCGGACGGACUCCCCGAGGACCAAACCGAGUGCGAGGAGGAGAGGACAGAACCGCAUGUGUUCUCCACCUGUCCCACUCCUCCUGGGACAGGUGGAGUGGGACAGCAUCCCGCACCCCUCUCCGGUGCGCUGCUUCACAAGCAGGUGGCGCGGGAGGACGCGCUGGCCCUUUACGGGAGAAUACUGCGAUACAAAGGCCUGGACGAGAAGAGCAGCCUCCCGGCAGACAAGAUGUGCUUCGAGACGAGCGCAAAGACCGGGUACAACGUGGACGUCUUGUUUGAGACGCUCUUUGAUAUGGUGGUGCCCUCCAUCCUGAGGAAGAGAGAAGAGAACCAGGCGUCUCCGACCGUAGAUCUGGAGGACUGGAGGAAGGUCGGUGGGAAGCGGGGCAAAUCCAGCUGCUGUUAGAGAUCUGAAGCGUCAACGAGGCUCCCAGCUGCAGACUCGUUUUUAUCAGUCGCCGUGUUUGACUGAGCAUUAAAUCCACACUGUGACGGUACCGUUUUGUGUUUGCCUUGACCGUGACUCGAUAACAAACACAUUUCCCAUUGAUGUGAAGAUUUAUAUGAGUGUAGAGACAUUUUAAUAGGAAGGGAAAUAUCACUUUAUGCAAUAGGCUUCCGACUUUAAUAACUCAAACUGUGCUUAAAUAUUCCAAAGAUGUGCCUGUGGCCCAAAAGAACACAUUAAGAAAAAAAAGUAAAUCACUGCUGUCAAUGUUUUACUAUGUACUGCCACUAAAUGAACUGCACUAAUCAUUCAUUUCACUGUUCAUCUUGAUCACAUUUCACUUUAAUCAAACCAUUUUUUUCUUUUACAAAUAUUGAUGUUUGUCUUUAUAUUUUAUUAAAAUCAAGUGAAUGAUGAAAAUAUCAGUGUUUAAUUUUUUUAAAUAUAAUUUUAUAAAAUAUAAUAAAGAAAUUUAUUU